AUGUUUCGCAGUUCGACUAAUUUUGACAAAUUAUUGGAUAAGGCGACGAGCCAUUUGCAGUUAGAACCAGACUGGCCUACAAUUAUGCAAAUUUGCGAUCUUAUACGUCAAAGCGAUGUUCAGCCAAAAGUUGCUCUUACUGCUAUAAAGAAAAAGAUGAUAAACAGUAAUCCACAUGUAGCAUUAUAUGCUCUACUGGUACUGGAAUCUUGUGUAAAAAAUUGUGGGACAUUGAUUCAUGAUGAAAUUGCUACCAAACAAUACAUGGAACAAUUAAAAGAAUUAGUUAAAACCUCUCCACAUGAAAAUGUUAGACUAAAAACUUUAGAGCUAAUACAAGCUUGGGCUCAUGCAUUUCGACAUAGUCCUAAAUAUAGGACAGUUCAGGAUACAUUAAAUAUAAUGAAAGCUGAAGGUUAUCAAUUUCCUGUUUUAAAAGAAAGUGAUGCUAUGUUCAGAGCGGAUACUGCACCUGCAUGGGCAGAUGGUGAAGUAUGCCAUCGUUGUCGCGUAACUUUUAGCAUGGUCCAACGAAAACAUCAUUGUAGAGCAUGUGGUCAAGUCUUUUGUAGUCAAUGUUCAAGCAAGGUUUCUACUCUACCAAAAUUCGGAAUUGAAAAAGAAGUGCGGGUUUGCGAGGCUUGUUAUGAACAAGUUAACAAACCAUCUACAACGCAGACCAAAGAUACAGAUCUCCCAGCUGAAUAUCUCAAAAGCACUUUGGCUCAACAGCAACAAGUUCCAGCUCGAAAAACAGAAGAAGAAUUGCGAGAAGAGGAAGAAUUAAAUCUAGCGAUAGCUUUAAGUCAGAGUGAAGCUGAACAGAAAGAAAAAGAAAAGAAACGUGCUACAAGUGUUUUAAAAUCCAAUCCAACUCCUAUAUCUAGAACAACGUAUUCUCCCCCACCAUCACCUGAUCCUAGUCCAUCACGGGUACAAGAUGAUGAUGAAAUUGAGCCUGAACUUGCUAAAUAUUUAAAUCGCAAAUAUUGGGAACAAAGACAAACUGUAAACGAAGAGCAUGGAUCAAGAGUAGAUGUGACUAGUCCAUCUGCGCCUAAUAUAAGCAGUCCAAUGCCUCAAAAACUUAUACUAGUAAAACAAGAAAAUGGCGAAAUUGAUACUCAAAUGGAAGAAUUUGUAAGUGGUCUGAGAUCUCAAGUCGAAAUUUUUGUAAACAGGAUGAAAAGUAAUUCUUCAAGAGGUAGAUCGAUUGCCAAUGAUAGUUCUGUUCAAACUUUGUUUAUGAAUAUAACAGCUAUGCAUUCUAGAUUAUUAAGAUAUAUUCAAGAACAAGAUGAUAGUAGAGUGUAUUACGAAGGUUUACAAGAUAAAUUAACUCAAAUGAAGGAUGCUAGAGCUGCUUUAGAUGCACUUCGGGAAGAACAUAAAGAGAAGUUACGCAGAAAAGCAGAAGAAGCUGAAAGGCAACGACAAAUGCUAAUGGCACAAAAACUAGCAAUUAUGCGAAAGAAAAAACAAGAGUAUUUACAAUAUCAACGUCAGUUAGCUUUACGAAAGAUUCAAGAACAAGAGAGAGAAAUGCAAAUGCGUCAAGAACAACAAAAACAACAAUACAUAAUGGGCGGUUAUCAAGCAGUUUCAGAUUUUAUGGGACAUUCCCAAGGAUCACCUGUCCGUCAUGUUCAUUAUCCAACUCCUGGAGCUAAUUACAAUCCUAUGUCACCUACAAAUCAAGGAGUCUAUAUGUAUGGUCAACCAACCAUGAAUCAAUAUCCUAUGCAGGGUUAUAAUAUGCCGUCAAUGAAUACUCUGCCGGUACACAUGAUGCCAUCGCUUUCUAAUCCGGAACAAUCAUCAGAUCCAUCCAUUCAAGGGCAAGAAAAUAUUGGUCAUGUGACUGUAUCAGGCCCAGGAAUAAUGCCACCUCAAAUGACACCACCUAUUCAACAGCUUCAACCACCGGGUAAUCAUCAGAUAGGCCCUCAACAAGGUUCUACGGUACUUGUGUCACAAGGGCAAACUUCAGCAGGCCGACCUCAUAUACCACCUCAACAAUGUGCUUCAUCUCAAAUCCCACAGCAAGCUCCUCCUCCAACUCAGAUUGGAUUAUCUCCAAUACCUCAAGGACACAUGGGUCCUUCAUCAGGCCCAGUAACUUCGGGUAGCCACAUAUCUAAUAGCACUGUCGUUGGUAUACCACCGCAAAUAGGAUCACAACAAACAUCCGCAUUACCUGGUACCCAAGGAUCUUCAAUGCCAGCGCAUGUUUCUAAUGCUGUUAUUUCGUCUCAACCUUCGGGUGUUAUUCAAGUGCCUGCCGGAACUGGCAGUGAAUCUAUUCCUGCAACAAAUCGAACUUUGCCUGGUUCUCAAACAAUGCAAGGAAUGACUCAAGUUCCACCUGUACAAUCAAUGCAGUUUCAACCUGUUCCUCCAAUCUCAACUACAACCACAGAAAUUUCGCAAGAUGAAGAAAAUGCAAAACCUAGAACAGCAGAGCUUAUCUCUUUUGAUUGAAUACAUAGUAUUAUUUGAUAUAUUUAAAAUAAAAAAAUGUCUUUUUUUUCUAAAUUAAAGCAUUAUAUUAUUAAGAUAUAGUUGCGUAUUUUAUCAAAAUGAAAUUUUGCCUCUGGCAAUAAAGUUAUAAUUUUACAUUUAUUAAUUAUUGACUUAUAAUACUAAAAUAUUUUAGAAAAUAUCUUAGAAUAAAUUAUGAAUAUAUAUUUAAAGGAACAUUACAUUAGUAGGAUAAGAAAGAUGUGAAUCUACUAUAGAUUAAUUUUCUCUCAUUUAUAUAUUACAAUUUAUGAUACCAAAAUUUUCUUGCUAUGUUGUUCCUUAAAAAAAUUGUUUAUAUAUCUAUGCAUAUAUGUAUCCUGGGGAUGUACUCUAAUAUAUAAAAUAAAAUAAAAUAGAUACAAUUUCUAAUACAAU